UAGCAACAGAGACCUGUUUACCUACAAAACCACCACAACACAGAAAGGUGGAGAACAACCUGGAGUCACAGCAGUCACAGAUGGCUGAGCAGGGGAAGAUAGUCAUGCCGACUGUUGGAGCAACAGGCAGCAGGGGACAACUGACCGGCAACACAGUCAAACUCUACAACACUUUUCAUGACCCGGGCAGGGUGAACUUCACUUCUUACCCCAGACAUAUCAGUGAGACGGGUUUCACUUCAAACCAGAGACCAGCCAUAUAUUACAGGCCCUGUUUGGACCGCAUUGACAACCCCCAGUUUGGACUCUCGUUAUCUGACAAUUUCACGUCUCAAACCAAACAGCACUACCAGCCUCACAUCCGGUCUGAUUGUUUGGGGCCUUUGCCAAACCUCAUUAACAAACCCGCUCACAGCGGCUUCUAUCAGCUGAGGACUGGUCCAAGAACAGCGACUGUAGAGGAAGAGACAGAAUACCAAAGAUUGUUUGUUCCGCAUCGUCUCACACCAACAGUUUCCCAGAACUAUGCUACUCUGCGUCCAAAAGGACGAAGUCGUUUCAUUGAUGGAACAGACCUUCAACUAAACACAUUUCAGGAGAAAAAAAGCUGCAUGGUUGAACCUCUCCAGACUCACAGCUCAGUGAUGAAAAAUGACUUCAUGCCACCGUCAUUUCUGCAGGGCCCUGAGGCGAGACCGAGCCUGUGCAGCAGCCGUUUUUCUCGAGAAACAGGAUUCACGCGAGGUGCCAUCGCUCCCUUGGCCUGCCCAAAUUCCCUUCUGCCAUCACCCCAGACAAAAAGUAAUGCACCAACUGAGAAGACCAUUGGAAAAAAGGAGCCCACAGGGUUUCUUCUCAAUGCUCCAAACAACCAGGCUUUCCCUAACGCACCUUUUGACGGUUCACACUUCAACACACAUUAUAAAAGCAUGUUUUGUCAUGAUGCCGAUUAUGAAAAGUUGAAAUCUGGCCACACUUGUGCAGGAAUUAUCAGUGCAAAAAUAGACAGCGGCUACAAUCGUCGAGACACGGACAGGUUCAUCUUAAGAGGCUCCUGAGAUGGUACCGGCGUUACUAAAAAUAAAAUGUUUCUUGACACAUUACUCUGGUUGAUUUAUGCAGACUGGGUGUGUGAGUAAGAACUGUUGCAGUAUUACAUAUCCUUUUAAGCAAAUACUGAAAACCUUUAUCACUCCCCCUUCUGUAGUUUUACAAUAGUCCUGUCAAAAAACACGGCUCAUGUUCAUCUCUUUAUGAAGUCUUUUUGUGUGAGCUGCAAAGCUGCCAGUCAAAGUGAGUGCGAAGUGAGUCGUGUGAAAGCCAAAGAGGGAGUGAAGGAGAUGAUGCAUUGACUGCCUCGCUGUCGCUGACCUACAGAGAAUGAGAGGAGUGUAAACUAAUGAGCAAAAUAAUUAUACCCAUGCACUCAAAGUAUGACACCGAUUCCCAUCCAUGUCUGUGUUGUUUCAAACUGUUUUGCCACCCACCAUUGUGGAACGAGCAGCAGAGCACAGACCGAGAAGCGUUGAAUUUCCAAAAGUGUCACAUUUGUAUCAUGUGUUAUUAUAGCUCGUACUAUACACCUACUGUGGGCCAACUGUCAGAACCUGCAGUGGUUUUACAUUUUCAACACAAGUCAAAUAAACACAGGAUUGCUGUGUCAAAACAAGAAAUACAUAAAACCACACAGUGUCUGCAAAUAAGUGUUGGUGUCUGCAAAUUAUAGACAGCAGAUCAUGUUUAAUUAGCUGCCAUCUUUCUGAAGUGAACAGUGAAAUAAUAUGCUUUAUGGAAAUUUUAGCCAUGCUAGCAGCUCU